UCCGGCAACUUGGCAGCACACUGCCGUCAUGUUUCUGUACCAGCUGCUCAGCCUUUUCUACGUGGCCUCCGAAAAGGAGGAGGACUCCAAGUAUGACCUGUCCCUUUACAAGCGUGGCGAUUUACUGGAAGUCCCCAGGACCUUAUUCACACAUUUUGGCAUCUACCUGGGGGACAACCGCGUGGCUCACCUCAUCCCGGACAUCUUGCCCGUGCUUUCUAAGGAUACGUCUGCCAUCGCCAAGGUGGUAACCAACAACCGCCUGCUGCUGGGGGCCAUCGCCAAGGUGGCCAGCGUCCGAGUGGACUCGGUAGAGGACUUUGCGUACGGCUCGGUGAUCCUGGUCAACCACAUGGACAAAGUGUGCAGCCAGCCCCCGUUGGACGGGGACGAGGUGGCCAGGAGGGCGCAGAAGUUCCUGGGCUCGGUGACGUACAGCCUGCUGUGGUACAACUGCGAACACUACGUCAUGUACUGCAGAUACGGCAUGGCCAUCAGCUACCAGACGUACCAGUUCUGCAGAGCGGUGCGGAAGAUUGUGUGCAGCCGGACGAGUGCCUCUCUGACUGCGCUGUGUGGCGUGGGGGUCACGCUGUGCGCCGGCUGCUUGACCCCUCUGACGCUCGUACCGACCCUGUUGGUCUCCUUCACCAUCUGGAUGGCGGCCUGACGGCCUCGGGUGGAACAUUACCGGGAAAAUAAAAGGUUUUCACUGCAAUAAUAACGUCGGUAUUUUAGCUUUUUACCUUUUGGGGAUUGUGGUAUUUUUUAUAUCUUAAUGGAUGUUUUAUUCUUCUUUGCCUUGAUAGCUUUCUCCAAGUAACAUCUAGUCUCUAUUUAACAGUGAUCUCAUUAAACUGUAACGGAUAGAAUGUAAAUAGAAAAAGAGAAGAGAGGGAGAGGAAAACAUGAUGGACGUUCCCUUUUCAGUGUUAUAUUCUUGGACAAAGUGCAAUAAGUUUCUUAUUGGAAUACACUCAAAUUUGUAUAUAUCGUAAACCACAAAUCAGAUGUGUUUGUCGGCCCAUUAAAAAUAUAUUUCUACGAGC